GUUGAACCUUCGUCUACCAGUAUGUCCGUCCCUACGUGUGUGUCCGUGUGCACGGGGCCACCAUGCCCCCGACAGACAGACAGACAGACAGGCAGGCAGCCACCCACACACACAUCCAGCCCACCAACAUGUGUGGCAAUCUCUCCGAGAAAUGAUGUGUCCGUGCGUGGAGUGGCCAACCGCCUGUAGAUAGGUCAGCCAGCCAGCCAGUUGCACGACAACAAACUAGCCCAGACAGACAGACAUCUAUACGAGAAAACCGGAUCGAUCGCUGUUGGUACGUUGAUACAAGGAAAUGGGGCAAGGUCACUGGUUGAUGUGAUGGAUCGACACACGGCCUAUACGCAGGACAGUCGGCAACUCGGCAACGCACACAGGCAGGCAAGCAGGAAAUACUCAGUCUUGCGCCACACACAUACACCCACACAUACACCCACACACACACACGCAGGGGAAGAAGAGAUGUCCACAUCAGCCACCACACGGAAUUCCGGUCAGUGCGUCGCACUCACUGCAUUCAUUGCCUCAUGUCCCAUCCCACAAACCAAAGCCCCUCGCCCAACAAGCCGAGGAAACCAAUCGCCAAUGCACACAGACGACCGGACGGGACGACUGCCAACAGAAAAAGAGAGACAACACAGCCAAACGAGCUGACAGACACGCGAAGGAACGAACACCCAAUAACUACAAAACGGCCUUGCUUCGCUUCAACCCACCCCCACCACGUGUAUGUGUGUCGGACAACACGUGUGUGGUCCUCCUCCCUUGGUUGAUGGGCUGUCUGUUCUGUCCAGCUGGAGUCAGCCCCUUCCUCAGUCAGUCAGUCGAGUUUUGGGAUGCAUUUGUGGUAGAUGUCUACGAGCGUGUUGGGGUGGAUGGAGUAGAAGGUGUCCCACUCCUCCUUGUCGCUCUUGAACUCAUAGAACUCCGCGUCCUCAGCCUUGUAGACAAACACACAAACACACACGCAGGCAGGCAGACACAUACAGACGCUGACGCCCCUGCCUGUGUGUGCGCGAGGCGCAUCUCCUUCUCUCUGUCAGACUUACGAUUGCGUCCUUGACGACUUGUUCCUUGCACUUGACCACCAACUUGUCCACCUCCAGCUGAUCAUCAGGAUGGACGGAUGGAUGGACCCACACACAUCGUGUCGUGUGCGAUGCCGUGUGGAUCGGCUCACCUCGGCGUGGUGGUUGCGCUUCGAGAACUGGCCGGCAUAGGUCUUGUGCAGCCACUGCAGCAGCUCCACCACCUGGACACAACCACAACCACAACCACACCACACCAGACCGAGUCCACACAUCCGUGUAUCCUGUCAGGCGUGCCUCAGACUCGUACCAUUUGUCUGAACUCUGGUUUCUUGAUGCCUGAGAUGAAGUGCUCGACGGUGAGCUCGAAGUUGAGCUCGCCCUCGGUCAUCGACAGCACCGCCUCGUGGCUCACCCUGCACCCAUCGGUCCAUCCACCCACACCCAGACGUACACAUCGACCGACAUAUGGUAUGCUCGUGUGCAUGUGCAACCUCCCUCCCUCUCCACACGCACUUUCUGGAUCCGCAUUUCGGUUCGAUCUUCAUGUCGGCCACGAGGUGCCACACAUUGCGGUAGAAGUCGGCGGGCACACUGACACACACACACAGAGAGCCAUGCACGCACACAUGGUGCAGCUAUGGAUGUGUGUGUGUGUGUGUGUGUGGUGCCGUCCUUGAAGGCCGCCCACCGGCUGAUGACGCCGUUGAGCUCCCGCAGUAUGCCGAAUUUGGGGUCGAAUCUGACACAGACGCCCCAUGCAAUGCGAUGUCAUCAUGCCACCCACGGUGGGGUAUGUGUGUGUGGUGUACGUGAGUUCAGGUCCGGUUUGCUCUGUCCACGCAGCCACGAAGAAAUCGCCCGUCUUGUCCUUGCUGAGCAGCUCCUGCACACACAACACAACACAGCGAGCGGCCUCCCCCUCUUAGAUGGAUGUCUGUGUUGAUCCAUCCAUCCAUCCAUCCAUCCACUAAUCCAUCGAUGUGUGUGUGUCUGACCGUGAGAGCCUGCUGCACUUCGUAUGGCUGCAGUCCGAACAGCACCGUGGCCUCCAACGCAUCGCUCUUCAUGCCACGCAACGACCACUGCACACACAAGAAGGUGCGUAUCCUCCGUGUGUGUGUGUGUGUGUUCGUGUCCUUGGUUGGUCGUAGGUGCGUACCGUCCGUCGUGCGGGUGCCUUGUCGACGCUCAUGAUGGGCUCGCCCACCUUGCCACCCAGCGUAGGCGGCAGCAUACCCACAGCGGCCUUCACAACCGGCGACGGCAUGUUCUCCGCCUCCUAUUGGUCAAUCCAUCCAGGCAUCCAUCCAUCCAUCCAUUGAUCUGAGUGUCUGUGUGUGCACAGUACAGGUGACCCACCUUGACGAGGAGUCUGAGCAGCAGGUUUAUCUCGAGUCUGUGGACGUUGGUGAUGAGGUCGGUCUUGCGGGCGAGGCGGGCGACGUGGUAGAGCAGCUCCUGCACCAGGAUGCACUCCUGCCAGUUGCCCUCGCACCGCUCCAGGAUCAUAUCCGCCACUCGGUGGGAGUUUCCCAACUCGGGGGUCAUCACCACCCUAAACACACACACAGACACACAGGCAGACAUGACAAGCGUGAGUGUUGCGGGUGGGUAAAGGGCUGGGCGUGGGUGUGGGUGUACCAGAUGGUGUCAUUCCUGCUGUUGGGGUCGUUGCAGUCGUGCAGCAACACGGUGAUGCCGUUCUCAACCAACAAACAUGACACCGCCCAACUCAGCUGCAACACCCCAAAAACACACACACACACACAUGGCCACCCCGAACCCAACAAAAGCCUGUCCACCCAUCCAUCCACUCACCCUGUCGAAUUUAAGGUUGAGCAGAGCUGCGGCCUUUCUGGCCACUCGCCAGUUGUCGCCCCUCCCGGCUCUCUCCAGCACCUCAUAGACGAGCUUCCGCACCGUGGGCGAGCCGGUCUGUCCGCUGAACCCCGUGUUGGUGGAGUCGAGCCCCUGGGCCUUGACCACCUGCUGCAGCACGUCCAGCUGCUCCUCCAGGGGGGAGACCUCGGGCAGCAUGUCGAGCUUGGUCUGGAAAGGGACAAAUGGUGUUUUGGCGAGGUGUUUUGGUGUUUUCGCGAGGUGUUUAGAGCAGACUCAUGGCACCUUGGUGUUUUGGCGCUGCCACGGGCAGGUCUGGGACUCGGUGGGACACGACGGGAUGUAGUACAUCGGCAUCUCCGGCGUGUCCUCUGUUGAUAGAGGGAAGCCGAGCAGACACAACAAGAUGUCGAGGAGGGUGGUGGGUGUGAUUGUGUGUCUGUGUCUGUGUGUGUGUUGUAGUGGGGUCGCAGACCGAUUCCUGGCCCGUGGAAGUGGAACUCCUUACGGACAUAGCCCACAUUGACGGUCUCUGUGUUUGGGGGGGAGGGGGGCACACACAAACACAAAGGGGCACAUGGCAGGGAGACCCACUAAAGUCACAGUGACUGACUGACCGGUGUGUUUCAUGCUGACGAGGUCGUCGAUCGAGAGGAGUCGGACGCGCACGAAGGCCUUGGAGUGAGCCGGCACCUCCGGCAAAUCAGCAGCAGAGGGGUGAGGCUGCUGUCCACGGUGCUGACACACACACACACACACAAACACACGUCUUUGAUAAAUUAGUGUGCGAGUGACUGAGUGGCUGAGUGGCUGAGUGGCCGAUUGGUUGUGGUGUGUCUGCACCUGAGGCGACGUCGGCGCGGUCAGCUUCGUCUCUCCGCCGUCCUUUUUGUGCUGUGGCGAAGUCACGUCGAAUGUCAGCUCCUCACGGGGGGCACGCUGGACAGGCGCACACACACACAUGCAGACAGACAGACAGACAGAGGUGUAUGAGUGCUGCCAUGGUGUCACUGACCCACCGCCCGACCGCCCGCCCGACUUACCUUGAUGUGUGUGACUGAGGCGGGCCGUGCCCUGCCCAGCGGCAGGGCGUCGGGGGAUGCCACCUCGUCGGGCCGAUCGAAGGCCGACAUCAGACGCUGCACCAAUGAGGGGGGUCACCAAAGGCGUCAGUGGGCUCUAAGCGUGUGUGUGUGUGUGUGUGUGGCUGGUGCAUACGAGCAGUUCGGUGUUGGCGAGCAUGUCAGCGGUGAAGUAUAGCAGCACGACGGGCAGCGCAUUGCCGGUGUCCUGCACGCGCCAGUUCUCCGUUAUGUACUUGAGCGUGUUGCGCACACUCUACACACACCACACACCAAUCACACACGCACACAGAGUCUAGCAACCGUGAGCCUGUGCGUGUGUGUGUGUGCGCACUCGUGUGUAGAGGUGGGGGUCGUAGUUGAGCUGAGAAACAAGCAUCAGCCAACAAACAAACAGGCAGGCCACCGUGCAGUGCAGGCAUUUUGUUGACUUGGUGUGGUGUGUUGUGUUGUGUUGUGAGUACGUAGAAGUCCCGGUCGAGUAUGUCGAGGGUCCAGCAGGUGAAGACACACAGCUUCCCGAUCUCGCUCGCUAUACUCGGCAGACUACACACACACUCAGCGAUCGUUGGAUGGAUGGAUGGAUGGAUGGGCUGUGCGUCUGUGCGUACCGGUAGACUCUGGACGUUGUGAGCGACCCGAUGGGCCGCUUGGGGCGGCCACUCAUACCCAGCUCAUGACACUCGCCCACACCCUGAUGUGCAAACACACACACAGAGACAGACAGAUGAACACAUAAAGGGGCUCUGAGCUGCUCAUGUGUCAUGUCAUGUUAUGUCAUGUGUGUGUGACCUGGAAGAGUCUCUCGAGGUCGGCGUGUCUUCUGAAGUGGAUGUUGUGCCUCUCGCGCGCCUCACUCGGGUACGUCACCACAAACCCAUCACCUAGAAACAAACACAUUCACCACACACACAGAUAUGUGCAGCCGUGCAGGGCGUCGUGUUCGUGUGUGCCUCCCUCCCUCCCUCCCUCCCUCCUUGUCUACCCAUUCUAGCCUCGAGCUUCUCAGCGACGGAUCUGUUCUCGGCGCACACGACCACCUGGACGUACUCGCAGUAGUCGGGGCCGUCCAGGAGCUUCAAACGACGCUGCAGCGGGUCGAUGUCCUGCACACACAUCAGACACACAUACACAUACACACACAUCCGUGAUGUCUGUGUGUCUGAUUGUGUGAGGGUGUGGUGGUGGAUGCGUACGUCGAGGUCCAUGAUGCCGUCGUGGAUCAUCUCGCCGAUGAGAAACAGCGACUGUGCCCAUAUCAAUGGCACGUUGUCGUUCGGGCGACGGUGCUGACUGCAGAGGGCAUGGACACACACAGACACACACACAUCACGACACUCUCAUUGACUGACUCGCGAGAUGCCUUGUGUGUGUGUGUGUGUGACCUCUGUGGUUUUCGUUUCUCGUUGUCGAUGUUGUGUCCUUCGACCCAGUAGACCUCGGGCAGCAUCGGAUAGCCGUCACGCCACUGCACACAGUUCUGCACUCACAACACACACCACACACCCACCACACACGCGAUCACACCCACACACACAUGCGCCAUUCUUGUGUCUGUCUGGUGUGUGUGUGGGAUGAGUACGUUCAUGAUUUUCUCGCGGUAGUGCUCAGCCCGCUUGUCGUCAUCUGUCCGUCGGACACACACUUGAUGUGUGGGUGUGAGAGUCUCUGUGUGGCCAACCAUGGAACAGAGCCUCCAGGUAGAGGUAAGUGAAGAACAGCGGCCACUCGCACUCGAUGUGCUCAAACUUCUUGAGCUCCCAUAUCUCGUAAUGCAAUCUCGAGUGGUCCUCGUUGGCGCACUGGUGGCCGUCCAGCAGGAAACGCUUGCACCCGUGGCGCCCCUCCAGCAGGCUGCUCAGGGCGUCGCGGGUCUUCUGCAGAGUCUCGCGCGACGACACCGCAAACCCGGGAAAGCCGAUGAUACUCAGCAACGCCGCAUCCGUCUCCUGCACACAUGUGCUGCUAUAUGUCAGUGUGUGUGUGUGUGUGUGUGUAGGUGGUGUGUGUGGUGACCUUUGAGAAUGACUCUCUCGGUAGGCUUCUGGAGAGGUGCUUUCGGCAGCGGGCGAUCUCGUCGGGGAAGCAGAUGACUUUGCUGCCAGUGGCGUUGCGCGAGUGGAACAAGUCCAAGCCGUCGCUGGUCGACAGAUGGCGAAACGGCACACACACACGCGCGCGCACUCAGUGAUCCCCCCAUGUGUGAAUGGGUGUACACCACACACACAGAAUAUGUACGCGUACAUGGCUUCCAUGGCCGCCUUGGCCAUGCCGAUCGAGCUGCAGUUCAACUCUGGCUCGCCGUUGUUGAUCUGAACAACGAUUCACACACAGAUGUGCAACAGGUGUGGGCGAGCCGGGCCGUGUUUGCCUGCCUUGUUGCCGCGCUCCCAGAUGCCGAAAUCCUGACAGAGACGCACACAGGUGUCCAGCCGUAUGUUUCCUCCGCGGUCGCCUGGCUGGCUCACCGGUAUCUUGUAGGCCUGCUCGAUGUAGUAGACCAGGUUCUGCAUGAAGUUGACCUCGUGGGCCGUGCAGAUGAUGCGCAAACCGGAUGCCGUCAUGUUGGCCACCGCCAACACGAAGAUCGACGUCGCGUCCACUUGCAGAUGGCCCCACUGACACACACACACACAGGUGUGAUGUCCGCCUUUAUGUGAGGGUGUUUGUUGGUGCGUCGUUGUGUACUUUGUCGUCGCCGACGACCGUGUUGCCGCUGUUGGUGUCGUAUUUGGCGUGGAGGCAGUCCAUGUGGUGGGUGGUGUGCUUGAACUUCUCCACCUUGUGGGACUGCUUCAUCAUCGCUAUAACACACACACACACCCCAUUGCAUCACGCCCAUGCCCGUGUAUGUGUAUGUGUAUGUGUAUGGGUGUGUCAUGGUUGCGUACAGUGCAGCAGGCCUCUCAUGUUCCUGACGGCGGCGUUUUCGAGCUGGAAGGCCCUGUCGCCCGCAGGCACCUUCCGGUACACCAAACCCAGCGCCCACACAGCCAAGAUGCUGUACACUGACCAUCACAGCACCGAUGGACCGAUGGAUGGAUGCCACCACAGUCGAACAGACAGACAGACACGCACAAGGAAAAGUCUUUCAUUUGUCGGCUGCAUGGCUGGCUGGCUGGCUGGGCUGUCCUGCCUUAUCCUCUCAUGUGUUGGUCAUGAAUUGUCGGUCGUACCGUUGUCGCGCACCCAGGCAUCGGUGUAGUUGCCGUGUGUGGUAAUGGCAGUCGACGCGGGCAGGAGCCCUGCAUAGAUAGAAUGACAUGACAGGCAGGCACACGCAAGACAAUCAGAGGGGACGUUCGGUUCUCGCCAUGCAUGCCUCUCUGUGUGUGCGUGUGUGUGGCCGUCAAGUCCCCUCACCUGUGUGGUGGUUUUGCUUCUGCAGGAUGAGCCUGUCCACCAGCUGGUAGUGCUUGUCCAGCCUCUGAAGUAUCUCUUCACGGCUCUGCAUGCCGGCAACGCGAUGAAACACUCAGGGCCUCCUCUGAAAGAACCCGAUGGAAAAGGCAAAGGCAGGGAGGGAAGGGAA